AGCGCUCAUUAUCUUGUUCUCUGGGCAUCAUUCCCAUUAGGUUUAGUCACUGAUCAACGCGUCUAUUAAUCUUUAACAAUCGCCAUAGUAAAGCUAAUGGAAUUCCAUUUAUUAUUUCUUCAGAAUCCACUGGGAUCUCAUCCGAGAUUAUGGUUGGCUUCAAUGCAAUAUUUAUUCUAGGGAAUGAGACGAGCAUGUGUUGACCGACGUUUUUUUUUUUCCACUCCCACCGCUUUAUGAUGAAAGUUGCGAAACCGAAAGUUAAUGGAUCAAAUGAGAACGGCUAUAAUACCGCAUUCUAAACUCUUCUGUCCCGUCAUUAAAACGUUUGGACUGUAAUGGACGACCACAACAGUCCUGCUUCUGUUUGGAGGGUGAACGUGGAGGUGUUGAAGCGCUUGCUCGCGUGCGCUGCUGCAUGCACCUGUGUAGGUGUGAUCUAUAUGCAGUGGACAUACAUUUGGAUGCUCAGGUCCGAAAUGGCAGAGAUAACGCAGCGCUUCAGGCCUCUGGAGACAGCGAGAGACGAAGGUGGGAUAUGCUGCGAUUCCGCCGCGUGCUACGGGGCUACAUCUUGUUAUAAGGUAAGCUGUUAUCACAGAUUCCCUGAGAGACGAACACACGCAGAGGUACGAGACAAGAGAGAUGUGACAAAACAGACGAAGAGAAGAGAAAAGCAGCACACAUUUCUGCACCUUGUUCCUGUGUCCUCGCAGUCGUACAGUGAUGGUGACAUCACUGUUCUGUCGUGGGCCGUAGAGCAGAGCAGAGGACAGGGGCUGCAGGUAUCAGCUGAUACUGUUACAGUGGAGGCCAAGGGCACAUACUUCAUCUACAGUCAGGUGCUGUAUAAAGACACCACCUGGGUCAUGGGUCAUGUGAUCACGAAGAGGUUCAAGGGGGCGGAGACUAAGCUGAUGAAGUGUCUGAAAAGCAUGCCCAGUAACAUCAGCCAGCCACUCAACACCUGCUACACUGCUGGGAUUUACUUCCUGGAGUCUGGAUCCACCCUUCAGCUCUCUGUUCCCCGCAAAUCAGCAGAGCUCAUCCUGACAGCUCACGCCACCUUCAUGGGCCUCUUCAACAUAUGACACGGACACACGUGUGAUUUACACACUUAACAGAAGCCUUGUUUACCCUCUUGCAUGCUAGUUCAGACACUCAUGCUUUCAUGUGGUGAAUGGAGGACACCCAGUGGACGAUUGAAACACUGGCAUGUUGGA